GAGCCGGCGCUGGCACCAAAGGCUGAGCCAUGGAUGAGGAAUAUGAUGUGAUCGUGCUGGGGACUGGCCUCACCGAAUGCAUCCUGUCUGGCAUCAUGUCUGUGAAUGGGAAGAAGGUGCUGCACAUGGACCGGAACCCCUACUAUGGUGGGGAGAGCUCUUCCAUCACACCCUUGGAGGAGUUGUACAAGCGUUUUCAGUUCGUGGAGGGGCCUCCUGAAUCCAUGGGCCGGGGCCGAGACUGGAAUGUCGACCUUAUCCCCAAAUUCCUGAUGGCCAAUGGGCAGCUAGUGAAGAUGCUUCUGUACACGGAAGUGACUCGCUAUUUGGACUUUAAAGUGGUUGAAGGCAGCUUUGUCUAUAAGGGAGGCAAGAUCUACAAAGUGCCAUCCACUGAGACUGAGGCCUUGGCAUCCAAUCUGAUGGGCAUGUUUGAGAAACGGCGUUUCCGCAAGUUCCUCGUGUUUGUGGCGAACUUUGACGAGAAUGACCCUAAGACCUUCGAAGGGGUUGACCCCCAGAUUACCAGCAUGCGUGAUGUCUACCGGAAGUUUGAUUUGGGCCAGGAUGUCAUUGACUUCACUGGCCACGCCCUGGCCCUCUAUCGCACUGAUGACUAUCUGGACCAGCCCUGUCUGGAGACUAUCAACCGCAUCAAGCUAUACAGUGAAUCACUGGCCCGGUAUGGGAAAAGCCCAUAUUUAUACCCUCUCUAUGGCCUCGGUGAGCUGCCUCAGGGAUUUGCAAGAUUGAGUGCCAUCUAUGGGGGGACAUACAUGCUGAACAAACCGGUGGAUGACAUCAUCAUGGAGAAUGGCAAGGUGGUGGGCGUGAAGUCGGAGGGAGAGGUAGCUCGCUGUAAGCAGCUGAUUUGUGACCCCAGCUACAUUCCGGACCGAGUGCGGAAGGCAGGCCAGGUGAUCCGUAUCAUCUGUAUCCUGAGCCACCCCAUCAAGAACACCAAUGAUGCCAACUCCUGCCAAAUCAUCAUCCCUCAGAACCAGGUCAACAGGAAGACUGCAGAGGCAGUAGGGGUGACCAGCUGGGAGCAGGGGGGACCCCUUAGGCUGGAGACCCCCAAGGCAGCAGCGUCUCAGAGGCCGCAAGGGCCACCUCGACCAAAGGGAAGCGGGGGAUGGGGCGGGGCGAUCGCAGGUCACGUGGCAGGGCGGGCCGUGGGGGCGGAGUCCCCAGCGUUCACUGCCGGCCUACGUCACCGCGUCAGCUGA